AUGGACCUCGAACCAAACUCCCACCCUGAUACCUCCAUGUUCAGCCUCCUCGAUGACUCCUAUGUCAAUCAAAUCCGUACUAGAUACGCUGAAGAACGCCUUCGCCGUCUCCACCCCAAGGGCAACGCCCAAUACGCCGAUCUCGAACUCGACCCCGAUAUCGAAACCGAGACGACAUCCUACAUAAGUAUAGACAAUGACGACUUUCCAGCCUGUGAGGAAUUUAAAAAUGACACUGACAACAUUCCCGAGAUCGACCAUCAACGCAUCGUGAUCGUGGGUGCUGGCUUUGGUGGGUUGCUGAAUGCCGUGAGACUGCUGCAGACGGGGGACUUUGAGCCUAAGGAUAUUUUGUUUCUGGAUGCGGCUUCGGGAUUUGGGGGGACGUGGUGCUGGAAUGAGUAUCCUGGGUUGAUGUGUGAUAUUGAGAGCUAUAUCUACAUGCCCCUGUUGGAAGAGACGGGGUACAUGCCUUCUCACAAGUACGUGUCAGGUGUUGAGAUCAAAGAGCAUGCUUACCGGAUUGCUCGCAUGUAUGGUCUCUAUCAUCGUGCCCUGCUGUGUACAAGUGUGAGCAGCUUGGUUUGGGACGAGCAUGAGAUGAAUUGGACUGUCAAGGCGGUUCAACACCGUCACCAGGGUAUUUUCCCAUUGACCUUCAGUGCUGACUUUGUCAUCCUAACUGCGAACCCGGUGAGUAUUCCCAAGUUGCCCAAUAUCGACGGUAUUUCAGACUUCCAGGGCAAGAAAUUUCACACGGCACGCUGGGAUUACAAGGUCACUGGCGGAUCCGCAGACCUCCCUGUUCUGCAGAAGCUGCGCGACAAGAAAGUGGCUAUCAUCGGUACCGGUGCGACUGCUGUGCAGGCCAUCCCUCAUCUUGCGGAAUGGUCGCGGAAGUUGUAUGUUUUUCAGCGUACUCCAUCUGCUGUGGACCGACGUGAUAAUUGUCCGACGGAACCCCAAUGGUGGGCGGGGGUUGUCUCGCAGGGUCCAGGCUGGCAGGCAAAGCGCAUGGAGAACUUCAACCACUUCAUCAGCAACGCGCCCAACCUGCCUGACAUUGACCUUGUGAACGACGAAUGGAGCCGCGCUCGUUCGUACAGCGCCCUAGUCGGGGGUCCCCAGAACCGGAAACCAGGAUAUCUGAAGGAAAUGGAAAUGGUUGACCUUCUCCGCCAGGACAAAAUCCGCAACCGCGUCUCCCAAGUCGUCGAGCGCAAGAAAACCGCAGAUCUCCUGAAACCCUGGUACUCCGGUUGGUGCAAACGGCCUUGCUUCCACGACGAAUAUCUCCAAGCCUUCAACAACCCGAAUGUGGAACUCAUCGACACGAAUGGCAAAGGCGUCGUCUGUGUUACUCAGAAAGGCGUAGUCACGAACCAAAUCGAAUAUGAAGUCGACGUACUAAUCUUCGCGACGGGCUACAAUGCCAGCGGGCGGACGACCCCCGAUGCUCGUUUGGAUAUGUUCAUCUCAGGACGUGGCCAAAAGUCGAUGCGCAUGGCUUGGAAGGAUGGGGUUGCUACUUUGCACGGAUUGAUGACUCGCGAUUUUCCGAAUCUCUUCUUCCCCGGCCCGAAUCAGGCUGGCAUCACAGCGAACUAUACCUACUUUCUCGAUCAGAUGGCGAAGCAUGUUUCUUACAUCAUCUCAAACGCUACUAAGAAGCAGGGUCCGUAUAAGGUCACCAUCGAACCUUCUGUCAAGGGUCAAGAGGCGUGGUCCAGGGAGGUUAUGAUACGCGCUGGUGGACUUGCGGGAAUGGCUAACUGUACGCCUGGAUAUCUCAAUAUGGAGGGUGAGUUUGAUAGUCCCAAGGCGCCGGAAGAGAUUGUCAAGGCGGCGCGAGCGAUACACUGGGCUGAGGGCGUGAUGAGCUGGGUGAAAAUCGUUGAGGGCUGGCGGGAGAAGGGAGGGAUGGAGGGAUUGGAAGUAAAGCGGUUGAAGAAGAUCAUUGUCGAUUUAAACUAA